AUGGCACUCUCUUUCGUUGGCUUUGACGGUCAGUGCGUCCUCGGACGUCGCUUGUUCGACAACCGACAGAAAGAAUUCGCGGUGGGAAUUGCCACGCCGACGCCAGGAAACCUGCAGGGGAGGCCACUGACCUCUAUCGACGAUACGGCUCUCCGCGACUACCAGAUCAACCAUUUUGACAUGAAAACCACCUCCAACUUACAUCUGGCCAAGAUCUGUCUACCUGAUCAAGGCAUCUUUUGGGUUUGUAGCAUGGUCACAGUCAAUUCGGCCGGAUGA